CUAUAAAUUGGUAUAACCUAUACGUUACAAAGUUCCUCCUGAUUUCAUUUGUAACUAUUCACCUUACCUUAUAAGGGAAAACGCGUUUAAUCAGUGAACACUUCAUUUUCUACGUUUGAGGUAAAAUUUUUAUAAAUUAAAACAAUGUCUGAUCCUCGUAUAAGAAUUUUAAAAAUUAAGACUGGAGUAGUGAAACGUCUCGCGAAAGAAAAAGUCACGUAUGAGAAAGAAGCAGAAAAGCAACGUGAAAGGAUAGAAAAAUUAAAACAACAGGAUAAAGAUGGUUAUGACAUAAAGAAGCAAGAAGAGGUACUUCAAGAAUCACUUAUGAUGGUGCCAGAUUGCCAAAGACGUCUAGUAAAAGCAUUUGAGGAACUUAAGAAAAUUUUGGAAACAGAGCAAGAUUUGAAAGAGGUUGGAGAUUAUAUAGAAGCAGAAAGAGUAUUAAAAGAAGCAGAAGCAGAACUUCCUAAGGACGGAGAAAUUAUGCAGAUGUGUUAA